GCAUCAAAAGAGAGAACGAGUAAAAUACACUCAUACACACAUGCAAAAUAUAUAUAAUGGAUAUCAUGGAAUGGUAUGUGAUGUAUGUGUGGUACUAGUGAAAGCAUCAAGAGGAAGAUAAGGGCAAGGGGGAAGUUGCAAAGAGAGGAGAGAAAAAAAGAAGGGUAUUAUCGUGUUAGUGUGUGAUUGAGCACACACACACAUAUCCUCAACACACACUGACACAAGCGUCAUGUGAGCUGAAUAAAAUGAGAAAAAAAAAAAAAAAAAAAAAGGGAAAAAAUAAAUAAAUAAAUGUAUAUGAGAAAGAGAGAUAAAAUAUAACGAUAUUAACCGAGUAUUGCCGAACAACGGGGCGGGCAAUUGUUGGCACACACUCAACAAGGCUAUACGAAUAACCGAGCGCUUACGAUGAUACACGAAGUAUUGAAAAAUAACCGAGUUUAACCGAAGCUAAGUGAGGCACGGUCGAAAAACCAAGACCAGUGCGGCUGAAUCUGGUGUCGCGGCUGGAUUAUUUUAACAUUUGCUGCUGUUAGUUUAUUAUUUUUUUUUUCUCCCUAUUUAUUUAGUGUAUUUUGUGCAUUAACAACAAUAAUAUAUCCAGCCAAAUAAAUAUAUAUUGUUAUGAAAAUUUAAUAAUAAUAAUAAUAAAUAAAUAAACAAAAAAAAAGUUAUAAAUGAAAAAUUGAAUAUUAGCUUUAUUCAACAAUACAACAGAGCUCAAAGUUUUUUAUAUUGUGAUUUUUUGUAGUUUAAUAGUAAAAAAAUAUUAAAACUACAAAUAUCAUCAUCAGUACUGGAGACUGAAUAACCCGGCAAUUCGAAGGACAACAAAAUUGUGCGACGGCCAUGGUUUGCCGUCGCGAGGGCACCGACGACGACGGUGCCUGAAAGACGGGUGCGGUAGACUGUUUUUAACUUUUUUUUUUUUUUUUUUCCAUUAUCUUCUUUUUUUUUUUUUCUUGACGAAUGAUGAUAACUUUUCUAUGUGUGAAUAAGUGUUUACAGUAGUAAUUUACUGUUGAAAAAAAAUUAAAAUUAUUUGUUGUAGUUGUUUGUAGUAGAAGUAGUAAAUGUAGCAAAAAAAUUAUUUGAAAUAAAUGAAAAAGACGUGUGACGUGUAAACAGGUGACUAGUUAUUGUGAAUACAAUUUGAGUUGAUCAUAAAAUAUAAGUAACAAGUUACCUAUUUAUCAAGUGAUAUUGUAGUUGAAUAUUAUAAUAAUAAUAUUGUGGAUGUGUUUUCGGUUAACGGCGCGACGAGCAAGCUAGACAGGUUUGGAUUUCUUGUAAGUGAUAGUAGAACCAACCGGACGUGGAACUGUCGGAAUAUAUGUAUAUAAUAUAUGUACAGCACACAUAAAGUGUUUUAGAGUGUGUGCUCAAAGUGGACCGUUCAUUUCACGCAACGAGAGAACGAAAAAAAUUAAAAAAUUUUAAAAAAUAAAUCAAGAUUCACCAAGAAGGAAGUGUUAAGUCCAGAUCAAAAAAAAAAAAAACAAAAAGAAAAAAAAAUUAUACAUAAAAGGGGAGAAGAAGAACAAGAAGAAUGAGCAUCUCAAAGAAUUUACAUCAAGAGUCCUAGUCUUUUUUUUUUUUUUCUUUUUCUUUUUCCUUGGUUAUUUUUUUACUCCAAAAAGAAAAAGAAUCAUACUGUCGGUUGUCUUUGGCAUUUUUUGUCUCUAGAAAGUGCAAAGAUUAUCAGAUACUGGCACGCCUGUUGCUAUAUAGCCCAAGCCGGCCCAGUCUCGACUUUCGACAUACUAAAAAAUAACUAAGAAGAUAAUAAAAGGCCCAAGAAUGCAGGUGGCAACGUUGUUCAGAGAGAGUACAACUCUGUUGGGUGCCCCAAGUCUUGAUCCCCCACAGACACAUCAUCAAAAUAUUCAACAGCAUCAACAACAACAACAACAACAGCAACAGCAACAACAGCAACAGCAACAACAUAUUCAACAUCAUCAACAAAUGCAACAAAGUAAUGACAUGCAUCAUCAUAUGCAACAACAACAACAACAACAGCAACAACAACAGCAACAACAACAACAUCAUUUUAAAAUGUCUUAUCCAUCGCCAGUACAAAAUGGAAAUUCCAUGAGCUGUACAGGUUCACAAGGAGUAAUGGUAAAACAAGAAGCAAGAGAUGAUGGUUAUGAAACGAGUCCUGAUUUAGAAAUGAGAAGUAACGGUGGUGAUAAUAGUCAACAAUAUCAUACACCCCUGACGCCUCAUACUCCCCACACACCUCAUACACCACAUACACCCCUAACGCCAAUAUCGGCGACCUCGCAUCAGCCCCAACAGCCGGGAUCGACCGGGGCCACCCUGGGACAGGUGAGAGAUGUUGGAAUGAAAUGUGAAACUCCAGUUGAUCCAUACUCAUUUGUCGAUGAAGAUAUGUCAAUGAGUGGUGGUGUAAGAACAGCCAGUAGUCCUAGUGAAAGCCAAGAAAUAAUGUCGUGCCCAGGUGGCACACCAUCUGGUCUUGGUACACCAACAUGUGAAUCACCAGGUCCAAUGAUGGCACAACAACUUCAACAUCAACAACUUCAUCAAAUGAACAUGACAAUAAACGGCAUGUUAAAUCCCCUUGCAUUACCUCAUCAACCAAAAAAACGUGGACGUAAAAAAAAAUCAGAAAUGAUUCUUACCCCUGAAGAAGCGGAACUUGCAGAGGCUAAAAAACGUGCCAAGACAUAUAAAGAAAGAAAAAAGCAUGAUAGAUUUGAUGGUAUGCCGGAAGAAGAGGUCAGCAAGCGAGUACUACCUGAUCAUUUAACAGACAAUCUUGACAUAAUAAUUAUUGGUAUUAAUCCAGGACUAUUUGCUGCAUACAAAGGUCAUCAUUAUGCCGGUCCAGGAAAUCAUUUUUGGAAGUGUCUACAUUUGAGUGGAUUAACACCAGAACCACUAACAGCUGAAGAUGAUUUUAAACUUCUUCGUUUGGGAAUUGGUUUUACAAAUAUGGUUGCACGUGCAACAAAGGGUAGUGCUGAUUUAACAAGAAAAGAAAUAAAAGAAGGUAGUCAUAUAUUACUUGAAAAAAUAAGAAAAUACAAGCCAAAAGUAGCAGUAUUUAAUGGUAAACUUAUCUAUGAAGUUUUUUCUGGUAAAAAAGAAUUUGGUUUUGGAAGACAACCUUGUUUAGUUGACGGAACAAAUACAUACAUGUGGGUUAUGCCAUCAAGUAGUGCAAGAUGUGCUCAACUACCACGAGCAGCUGACAAAGUUCCUUAUUAUGCAGCUCUUAAAAAAUUUCGUGAUUAUCUUAAUGGAACAAUACCACAUUUGGAUGAAUCAGAUAUUGUAUUUGCUGAUUCAAAAAUUAAAAAAAUUGUUGAUGAUAGUUUAGAUGGUAAAGAUCCAAUAUUUGCUGAUGAUAUUGAUGAUGAUGGUCGUAUAUCAGAAUUAAAUGAUACAUUGAAAUUAGAAAAUGGUCUUAUACCAGGCAAGAAAAAACGUGGAAGACCAAAGAAAAUUAAAAAUCCAGAUGAAAUAUUACAACCAGAACCUGAACGUCUUGAUUCAAAUGGUGAUGUGAUAAAAAAACGUCGUGGUAGACCUAAAAAAAUACACCAACAACAAAAACAACAAGAACGUGAAAAAGAUACAAGAGAAAGAGAUCAAUUGAAUCAACAACUUCCCCUACAAUUACAACAACAACAACAUCAUCAACAGCAUCCACAUCAACAACAUUUACAUCAACAACAUCAACAACAACAACAGCAACAUCAACAACAGCAUCAACAACAACAACAAUCACAUCAGUUGUUGCCUCAUUUAGAUUAUGGACAGGUUCCAAAUUGUUUUUCACCUCCAAUAAUGUCACCACCAAAACCUUUUGGCCAUAUGGCACCAUAUCCAUCACAAUCAUUGAAUGAUGGUUUUUAUUCACCAACUAUGAAUGAUAGCCCUUAUAAUAUGAGCUCAAAACAAAGUCCAGUACAUUUACAACAACACUACAGUCAAUCACCAAAAUCAAUGUCAUUAUCAUUUACAAAUUCUGAUCUUUCAUCUGAAAUAAAUACAGUAAUAUCAUCAGAAAAUAAUCUUGAAGCAUCACCAUUAACAUCACCAAGUGUUGAACAUCCUGAUUUCGAACAACAACAAUCACAAAAUAUUAAUAAUACCAAUAAUAAUACCAAUCAAGAACAUCGUCAAUAUAAUUCUGUUAGUGGUGGUAGUAGUGGUGGUGGUGUUACAACAAAUGGUGAUACAUUAUCACAACAUCAUGGUAGUUCACCUGAUACACCAACACAUUCAAGUGGUUAUGGUAGCUAUUUAACAUUUCAUGAACAACAAACAUCUGAUUCACAUCAAAAUCCUCAAAGUAAUGAUGAACAUUCACAUCAUUCACAUCAAACACCACCUCUUAGUCAUCCUCAUACACCAACAAAUUCAUCAAUGUCACCACCUCAUCAUUUACCACAUGAACAAUAUGUUAUGAAGAAAAAUUCAAAUCAAGAUGUUGCAUCAAAAAGUCUGAGUGAUUUAGAAUCAUUAGUUGAUCAAAUACCAAAUAUAACUGAUGUUGGUGGUGUUGGUGGUGGUAGUAUUGUUGUUAAUGGUGGUAAUAGUAGUAAUAGUGGUGUUGGUGGUGUUAGUAAUCAAAGAUUACAUCCACAUUCAUCAAUGUCAGAUGAUUCAAUGGGAGAAAAAAUUGAUCAUCAUCAAUCGUAUCUUGGAUUUAGUGGUUUAACAAAUAACUACAGUCCACCACUUGGUUCAUAUUCAUAUCCUGGUGAUAAUUAUGGACUAUAUGGAAAUAAUCGUCAAGAUUCACAACAACAACAACAGCAUCAGCAGCAACAACAACAACAGCAGCAACAACAACAACAACAACAGCAACAACAACAGCAACAGCAACAGUUACUUCAACAGCAGCAGCAACAACAGCAACAACAACAACAACAACAACAACAUAGUAAAUCUUAUACAGUAGAAAAUCUUGCAUCAAGUAAUUAUACACCAAGUAUGAGUCAAGCUGGUAAUAAUUAUUCAAAUAUAAUGGCAGGACCACAUUAUCCAGUACCAACAAUGGGUUCAGCAAAUAGUUAUUUAUUUGGUGGUAUUGAAUCAAGUAUUAUGCAAAGAACUUAUGGUAUUGGAGGAAUGGGAACAAUGCAUCCAUCAUUAGGACAUAUGACAAAUCCUUAUCCUUAUAAUACAACAUAUUCUGGUUCAUAUGAUUCUUAUCCACCUCCACCACCAUCUGGUAUUCAUGCACCAAGUCCAAAUUAUCCUGGUAAUUAUUCAACAACAAGUACACUUGGUAAUUCAACACCACCAUCUUACCUUCAAUCACAUCACAGGCCGUCUGUUGAUCUUCCCUAUGAUGGUAUAUGAUAAUUAACAUAAACUAUAAUACUUUUUUUUUUUUUUUUUUCUUUUUCUCUUUUAUUAUUAUUGUUUUUUCUUCUUCCUUUUUUUUUUUUCUAUUAAAUUUUUAAAUGAAUUUAACAUUAUUAUAUCGUCAUAAGAACAAAUAUACAAUUAGAAACAGAUUAAUUAUUUGUGUGAGUGUUAUAACAGCAACAAGUAUUAUCUGUCGAUAGAAAAAAAUAAAAAUUUUCUACAUAUUUUUACACUUAUUAGAUUUUUCUGUUUCUAUUAUAUAAAUAUUAUUACUAGUUUAUUAUAAAUAAUUAAAUCUUGAUUUAUAUAUUGUCAUGUUUUUUUUUUUUCUUUUUUUUUUUUUUGAUUAUUCGUAAUUAAUAAUUAUGCAUUGCAUCUCCCAGGUAAAAAAAGAGUGUAAAAAAUAUAAAUAUUUUAAAUUUAUUGAUUGUUUUUAAUCAAAAAACAAAUGAAGAAAAAAAAAAAAAAUUCAUUUUACUUGGGUAUGAACGAUUUAGAAUUAAUUCUAGUCCACCUAUAUGUCAACGAAUUUUUCGAUUUCUAUUGGUGUUCAAAAGUCUCGAUAUUAUUUUCCAUUUAUAUACAUAUAUAAUAUAUUUUUUUUGUUUAUUUUUUUUUCUUUUGUGAAGACUUUUGAUCGUUCAUUGGAGACUGAUAAGGCAACAACGAUGUAAAAAAAUAAAAUUUAAAAAAUAAAUAUUAUAUUAUUUAGAACUGUCUAUUGAGCUCAUGUCAAUUUCAUCAUUAAACUGUGUCCAGUAUGUCCUACGUUAAAGCCAAAAAAAAAAGUAAAUAUAUAUUUUUCAUUUUGUUUUUUUUUCACUAUCAAAAAGUUAUAUAAUAACGGUACAGAAUCCUAUUUUUUAAUGCCAGUGAGGUGCUAAAUAAGCGUGCAAUUAAAAUACUACCGUACAUUUUGUUUUUUAUUAUUUUUUUCUUUUCUUUUUUCAUCGAUUCUAUGUUGAUGUUGUUGUUGUUGUUGUUCCUCUUCUUCUUGUUGAUGUUGUUGUUGUUGUUGUUGUUGUUAAUGUUAUAUUGUUAUAUUGUUAUUCAUUAUCGAAAAAAUAAAAUAAAAUUGUCAUUUAUCAACGUCAUUAGUUAACCAUCAAUGCUCGAUGGAUUAAAAAUAAAAUAACAACUCGAAAUUUCUUUAUAACAAAUCAAAAAAAAAAUCAAUUUAUUAUUAAAUCAACUAUGUAUAUAUGAGCAUUGUUUACAGAAUAAUUUUUUUUCUUUUUUAAAUAUCUUUUUUCGUCUAUUGAAUAAGUUUUUUUUUUUUUUUUUUUUUUGUUUAAAUUUUUUGACUAUUAAAAAAAUAGAUAAAUUAAAUUUGGAAUACUGGACACAUUGAGGAGUUAAUAAUUAAAAUAAUAAAUGUUAUAAAAUUAAUGACAGUGUUUUGUAUAUUUUUUACUAUAAUAAAAUAACAACACAUUUAUUAUGUCAGUCUCCAAUAAAAUAUAACUUUGCGGUCGUUGUACAUACAGUAGUGAUAUUGAAAAAAAUAUAAAAAAAUUAUAUUAAAAACAAAAAAAUAAAGUAAUUAAUAAAUUUAAAAUAAAAAGAAACGAAUUUAAUAAAGUUUCAAUGGCCGAAACUUGAUGUUAUUGAAUAAACGUCUCAAUUAGUUAAUGCAAAUAUAAAAAUAUAUUAAAAAUAAUAUAUUUAUAUUUGUGUACUAUAAAAAUAAAAUAAAAAAACUAAAAAAAAAAAUAAACAAAAAAACAUAAAAAUAACAAAAUAACAAAAAAAAAAAAUAAAUAAAAUUAAUUUAAUUAAAAUUAUAAACUAGUGCGAUUAUUGCAAACUUAAUAAAUUGAAAAAAAAAAAAAAAACAAAAUAAAAUAAUUUAAAUGUACAAUUCACCUUUUUAAAUCUUUAAUAUAAAAUAUCAUUAUUUUUCAUAAUUUCCAUCCAUUUUAUUAUUUAUCAUUUGAAUUUUCAUCGAAUUAUUAUCGAAUAAUUAAUCAGCAUUUUAUUUAUCAUCAUCAUCAUGUUAAUUUAAAUCACAAAAAUAGAUUUAUCAAUUUUUUCUGUCAAUGAAAAAAUUCAUCAUUAACGUAUUUAUUAAAAUCAUGUUACGUUUUUCAUGCCAUAAUAUUCUAUUAUGUUUUUACAGGUUUGUUAUAAAAUAAUUGAUGGCACAUGCAUAGAAAAUACUAAUUAUUAAUUAUUAAAAUUCUCAUCAUAUGUAUGAAGAGUUUUAACAAAAAAAAAAUAUAUAUAUAUAUUAACAAAAAAAUUAAUUUUAAAACAAUGUAAAAUUUUCAAAUAUUGCUGUAAAAAAAUUAUAAAUUAAUUUAAUCGAACACAAGUAUUGUCAAGUAAAAAAAUGAAAAAAAAAAAAAAAAAAGCAAAAAACAAAAAGAUCUAUAAAGAAAAUAGAUGAAGUUUUUGUUUUUCGAUUGACUAUUGUGAUAAAUCAAGAUCAUCAUCAUCAUCACGAGAGAUAAAAAAAUAAAUUAAUAAAAAAAAAAUAUUAAGUAAGUUUUAAAAUAUAAAUACAAGUGGACGUUUUAAAGUGAUGAACAGGGUAUAGAUGAAAUUGAUAAUUAUUAUAAUGAUGUCUAUAAAUAUUAACAUAAGUAUUAUAGAUGUUUCUUUUAAAUACCAUCGGCCUCAAGAUUGUAAAUCAAUGAAAAUUCUAUCCAUUGAUGUUUCUCAAUUAUUUUCAAUUAAUUAAUUUUUCAACCGAUGAAAUGUAGCAAGUGGAAAAUAAAAAAUAUAUAUAUAAAUAAUUGCAGGAUACUCAUCAACGCAAAAUAAAAAAAAUUGUUAUUAAGUGUGUUUUGAAUAUUAAUUGAUUGAUUAAUUUUUCAUAAAUAAAUACACUUAUAUAUAUUAUUGUAUUUGAAUGUGAGAAUGUAGAAAGAGAGUUAACAAUUGUUUAUUGAUUUAUCGGCUGAUAGUAAGUAAGUACAUUAAUUGAUUAAAAAAACAGGUCGAUAAUCACUAACAAUCAACCAUCCCCCUUUGUAAAUUAUAUAUAUUAUUAAUAAUAAUAUUAUUAUUAUAUAUUUAAAAAAUAAAAAACAAACAAAUAUUAAUAAUUAAUACUUAGCUAUACAGUAAUAAUAAUAAUUAUAUAGAAAAAUAUAAAUAAAUAAAUAAAAACACACAAAUGUGGAGUGAAAUAAUAAUUGGCUUUUUUUAUUUUUUAUUUUUUGUUAUAAUGCAUUUUUUUUAACAAGAUUGUAGAAAAUUUAUUGAGCCUAAUUUAAUUGAUUAUUUUGAGGCUAAUAUUUUUAAAUUUUUCAAUAGAAUAAUAAUUAAUUAAUAUAAGAAAAAUGAAUAUAUUGGAAAAAUAAAAAAAUUAAUAAUAAUUUUUUGAAGUUUUAAAUAAAAAUUUUUAUGUAAUUUUCAGUACUUAAAAAUUAAUUGAUAUAUGUUUUUUUUUUUCUUGUAGAAUCAUUCGAAGAAUAUUGUUUGUAAAUUGUUUUUUUUUUUUAAAUAAAUUAUCUCAUUCCAAUUUCUCGUAGAAAUAUAAAAUAAAAAAUUACUAAUAUUUGCUCGAAUGUCUGUUAUUCUGCAACGUAUUUUUUUAUAUAAAUAAAAAAUUAAUAUAAUGAUUAAAAUAAAAUAAGACAAUUAUCAUUGAACCUCAUGUCCAUUGAGGUAAAUUUUUAACGUCAAAUUUUAAACGUGUACAAUUAAUAUUUGGUAUAUUAAAAAAAAAUAUAAAAAUAAAUGAUAAACGUGUAAAUGAUUAAAAUAUGAUUUAGUGAACGUAUGACUUAUGAGCUAUGAGAGAUACCGGUGGAUAAUAAUAACUAAAAAGUGUGAAAAUUAUUGUCUGUUUAAAUGAAAUAUAUUUAAAGUAGUAAAUGAUUUUUAUGCUAAACGUACAACUGUAUGUUUAUUGGUACAAAGAUAUUAAAAAAAAAAAACAUUAAAAUACGUAAAUUCCCAAUUUUGUUUAUACAAAAAAAAAAUCCUAUAUAUAUUUGUUUCCUCAUUUCUUUUUUUUGAUAUGAUGUUUUUUAUUUUCUUUCACAGUGGAAAUAAAACUCCGGCGUUUUUAUGUUUUUGAGUUAUCGUUGAUAAAUUUUAUAUAUGUAUCAUGGAGGUAUACAGUAGACCUUCAUAGUUUUCUCUCAGAAAAACUAAGAUGCCUGACCAUUUUCACAACUGCACUGGUCAAAAACAUAUGUUUUUUUGUUCAUUAAAUAAUUGAAAAAAUCUAACAAUUAAACUCCAAAACAAAAUUUAUUACAAUAUAUAAAAUAAAUUACAAUAAUAAUUAUAAAUAAUUACAAUAUAAAACAUUUUAUAUUUUUUAUAAUUUCUAAUAUAUAAAUAUUUUUAUUUUAUUUCUUUGCAUUUAAAUGUUUUUGUUAUGAAUGAUGAUUGCUUUAUCAUCAAGUACUACGAUUGCAGAGAUCAUACUGAUAGCUAACAGAAAAAAACAACAUAUUUGAACUAAACGGCUGAGUUUUAAUAGUAAAAACAAAAAAAAAAAAAAAAAAAAAAA